AUGUCUUUACACAAAGUAGCGAAGCGUCUCUGCAACAAAGUUGCUGACAUUUGCCUCGUGAAUCGCAUAUAUCGGGACUGCUUUCGACCAAGCACGUUCUGUGUGAACAUGAUGGCGGACAGUACCCCUGGAAACGUAUCUAAAUUUUUAGGGGUACAAUUUCGAACUUCUGAUCUGGCGAUGGAGCCACUCUCCCAUUACCGACGGGGAAUGAACUCGUUCAGUUUUGUACCCGUUACUCUUUAUCGCUUUCUUUCAGUCUCAAUCGAAUUUCUCACUACUAUACUCCUACGACUUUCGAAACCCUGCUUAUCUGAAGCACUGUUCCACAUGCGAUGA